AUGGCCAAAUCGUUUCCGGAUGUUCAGCCCGGAGGUAGUCUCAUUCUCGCGUGGCAGGUCAAAGGCAAGAACGUUUUAGUUGUCGGCGGCGGCGAGGUUGCCGCAGGCCGCAUCCUCAAUUGCCUCAAUGCCGACGCCAACGUUACCGUCGUAUGCCCUGCAGCGGGCCUGAACAAAGAAGUCGCCUAUCGCGUUUCCGAGAAGCAAGUCAUACACAUCGACCGAGUCUUCGAACCCUCCGAUCUCGACGACGCAGUCAUGGUCCUAGUGGCCAUUGACGAUCCAGAUGCAUCCACAGUGAUCUGGAAACUAUGCAAGGAAAAGAAGAUUCCCGCCAACAUUGCAGAUGUGCCGCCCGAGUGCGACUUCUACUUUGGCAGCGUCCACAGAGACGGCCCCCUUCAGAUAAUGGUCAGCACCAACGGUCGCGGACCUCGGCUUGCCGCAUCCAUCCGUCGCUUCAUUGCUAGCAAGCUCCCCAACAAUGCUGGCAAUGCCAUAGAUGUUAUUGGAGAACUACGGGCCAAGCUACGCAAAGUUGCCCCAAGGGUCGAAGACGGUCCAAAGAGGAUGCGCUGGAUGUCCAAGGUGAGCGACACAUACAAAUGGGAGGAAAUGUGCCAGAUGACACACGAAGACAUGGAAAAUUUGCUCUUAUUCUAUCCGGCAAACAAGGCCCCCUCUAUGGACAUCAUCAAAUCUCUACGAGAUGUGCGUGAUGUCGAGGCGCUCGAUAUAUUCGAAGGAUCAUUCGGGUUCAGCAUUGGCGUAUGA